AUGCGCCAAUUCAUAUCAUUCCCCCUCGCUUCAGGAGUUCUCUUUAGCAUCAUCGGCUUUGCGCUGGGAGCUGUCACACUAUCUGACUAUCUCAACCAACGCAAUUAUCUUUUGCAUAUCGUUCCCAAGGCCGAGGUACACUAUCUUGUCUAUGUUGCGGCUGUCAGCUACAAUACCUGCGCGAGCUGUUUCUCUUUCCUUGUCCUCGGCCUCAUUCUCGUUAUUCACAUUACCCGACGAGACGUUGAUCGUCGGAUCCCGAUUGCCGCCGUAUUUCUGACAGGUGUGCUGGGCUUGGCCAAUGCGCUGACUAUGACGAUUAUUACCGCAACGAAGACGGUGUCCUUUGGCGAUAGUGUUGGCCCGCAUGUCACUACGUACCUAGACGAGGCUGCCGACAGUGAUGGUGUCCCCUUGCUAUAUCGUAAUGAUUCUGCGGCAAUCGCAACCGUGGUGUUUGCGUGGCUAGGAUGGCUGUCUUCUAUUGCUGAAUGUGUAUUGUUGCAUCUGAGCCUGAAGACCACGACGGAGAGGCAACAGUCCAUGGAUUUUGAGGGCGACAAGACGACAUGGUCUCAGCACAGCAUUAAACAUGACGAGGCUUAG